AUGAAUCGAACCUCUCUUCCUAGACGCAUAUUUUCGUGCACUCGAUCAAUCUUCAAUUCUAACAUCCGCAAAAUGGCCACAGCUACUCGUGACCCGAACACAUUGAGUAACUACAAUGUUUGGCGCUCGACCCACAUAACGGCCAACUUCGGCAUCUUGUUUGAUCAAAAGAAGUUGGCUGGUAGUGUUGUUCACCGCUUCAAGUCGCUCACCAAUGCCGAGUCUCGGGAGAUUAUCCUGGACACCAGCUAUCUUGAUAUUAGCGGAGUGAAGGUGGAUGGCCAGCCAACCAAGUGGGAGCUGCUACCCUCCAUCGCUCCCUUCGGCACUCCACUCAAGAUCAGUUUGGAUCAGGGUAUCAAGCUCGAUGGCACUGUAGAGGUGGAUAUCGAGGUGAAUACCACUGAAAAGUGUACCGCCUUGCAGUGGUUGACUCCUGCCCAAACAUCAAACAAGAGACAUCCGUAUAUGUUCUCGCAAUGUCAGGCCAUCCACGCUCGCUCCAUCUUCCCAUGCCAAGAUACACCCGACGUCAAGAGCACCAUAGACUUCAACAUCACCUCUCCCCUACCGGUGAUGACCAGUGGAUUGCCCAUUAAGGGAGAAAUUUCUCAGUCCGGUACUCAGAUCUACCGAUUCAACCAGUCGGUUCCAAUCCCCAGCUAUCUAUUUGCCAUUGCAAGCGGAGAUGUUGCGGAGGCUCCUAUCGGUCCACGGAGUGUGGUGGCCACCAGCCCUGAUAAGCUAGAUGAAUGCCAAUGGGAGCUUAAAGCUGAUACUGAGACUUUCAUUACCACAAUUGAGAAAAUCGUCUAUCCUUAUGUAUGGGGAAAGUACAAUGUAUUGAUUCUGCCUCCCAGCUUCCCAUAUGGUGGAAUGGAGAAUCCCAUCUUCACUUUUGCCACGCCCAGCAUUAUCUCAAAGGACCGUGAAAACAUCGAUGUAAUUGCGCACGAGCUGGCUCACAGCUGGAGUGGCAACCUGGUCACCAAUGCCUCGUGGGAGCACUUCUGGCUGAACGAGGGAUGGACUGUGUAUUUGGAACGACGGGCGUACCGUCAUUUCUCUGCCAUCAUCGGCUGGAAGGCUCUUAGUGACUCUGUGGAGCACUUUGGCCACGAUCAUGAGUUCACCAAGUUGGUACUCGACCUAGACGGCAAGGACCCCGAUGAUUCAUUCUCAAGCAUACCUUACGAGAAAGGAUUUAAUUUCCUGUUCCACCUGGAGAACCUCGUGGGCAAACCCAAGUUUGACAAGUUCAUUCCUCACUACUUCACUGUUUUCAAGUUCAAGUCUCUUGACUCAUUCGAGUUCAAGGCAACUAUCCUGGACUUCUUCAAAUCCGAUGCUGAGGCCUCUAAGCUCUUGAAUGAGUUGGAUUGGGACACAUGGUUCUACGCACCCGGAUUGCCUCCUAAGCCCCAGUUUGAUACAUCCCUAGUGGAUGUUGUAUACAAGCUUGCUAAGAAAUGGGAGACCGCAGGUUCCUCUUUCAAGCCUCAGGCAAGUGACCUUGAUGGUCUGACAGCCAACCAGAUAGUUGUCUUUUUGGAGCAGAUUUUGCGCUGGGAGCAGCCCCUAAGCCCUGAGCUCUCGAAGACUAUGGGUGAGGUUUACGGUCUGACCAAGAGCAACAACAUUGAAGUCUCCAACCUAUACCUCCAGGUUGGCAUGAAGGCCGGUGAUGAAAGUGUCAUCAAGCCGACUACAGAGCUGCUGGGUCACAUUGGAAGAAUGAAGUUUGUUCGCCCGCUGUACCGUAAUCUGCAGAAGAUCAACCGCCCUGUCGCGCUUGAGACCUUUGAAAAGUACAAGGACUUUUACCACCCUAUCUGCCGCGGUAUGGUUGAGAAAGACCUUUUCGGCAAGAAGGACAACUAA